AUGGUUGUUUUGGCAGCAUCCAUCUGCACGCGCGGCGGCAAGGCCGUCCUGUCUCGCCAGUUCCGUGAGAUGCAGCGAUCGAGAAUCGAAGGCCUUCUCGCUUCUCUACCCAAGCUCACCGACAGCGGUACCCAGCACACUACCGUCGAGCAAGACAAUGUCCGCUUUGUCUAUCAGCCCCUGGACGAGCUAUACAUGGUCCUCAUCACCAACCGUCAGUCCAACAUUCUCCAGGACAUCGACUCGCUACACCUCUUCGCCCAAGUCGUUACCAGCAUCUGCAGAAGUCUGGACGAGCGCGAGAUUCUGCGCAAUGCCUUUGAGCUUCUGAGCGCCUUUGAUGAGUUGGUUACUCUGGGCUACCGCGAGAACCUCACCCUGAGCCAGAUCAAGACCUUCCUGGACAUGGAAUCGCACGAGGAGCGCAUCCAGGACAUCAUCUCAAGAAACAAGGAGCUCGAAGCCACCGAGGAGCGCAAGAGAAAGGCCAAGCAACUCGAGAUGCAGCGCAAAGAAGCCACUCGUUCCGGCCGCUCCAACAUGCCCAGCGCUCCCUCAUACCCCACCUACACGCCUCCGCCUACUCAACCCGCAGUCACCGAUACCUACGACUCUUACAACGCCGAGAAGAACAAGUCCUUCCAAAAGUCUCUCCCUGCCCGGGCUAAGGGUAUGCAGCUCGGAAAGAAGACAAAGACGACAUCCAUGUUCGAGCAAGUCCGUGGCGAUCUUGGUCCAGAAGCAGAGGCUCCGCUCGUGCCGUCAGCUCCUGCUGUUAGCGCUCCCGUUCAAGCUGCGGCUCCCGCUGCCUCCUCCUCAGAUCGCGAGGGUCUUCACAUUACCGUCGCCGAAACCAUCUCAGCCAAGCUCAGUCGCGAAGGAUCUCUGGAGUCAUUCGAAGUCAAGGGCGAUCUCCAACUUCGCAUCACCGAUCCUUCCCUUACACAAGUUCAACUCGCCCUCGCAUUGGGUGACACUCGUGGCGCACAGCUCAACUCCCAUCCCAAGGUUGACAAGGCCGUCUUCAAGAACGACAAGAUCAUCCAGCUUUCAGACACGUCAAAAGGAUUCCCGGCAAACAACGCAAUUGGUGUCAUGCGCUGGAGACUGGCUGCAAAGGCUGAAGAUAUCAGCGACCCUCCCAUCACCUUUACUGCCUGGGUGAACGAGACUGGCUCUGGCACAUACAACAUCACCCUCGAAUACGAACUGACUGGGGGAGAUGCUCUCAACGAUGUUACCGUUUCGAUACCAUACCAAACGAGCGAGCCGUCUGUUUCCAGCUUUGAUGCUGUGUAUGAGGUUUCUGGCGACAGCAUCGACUGGACUAUCGGUGACGUGGAUGACACCAAUGCCAACGGCAGCUUCGAGUUCGAGGCUCAGGCGGAGAGCGAGGCCGAGUUCUUCCCCAUGAGCGUCAGUUUCGCAAAGACCAGGCCAUAUGUUGAGGUCGAUGUUUCAUCGGUGACUCUUUUGAAUAUGGGCCAGGACAUUUCUUUCUCAAAGGAUAUCAAAUCUGUGGCAGAUGGAUACAUGGUCGUGUAA